GAUGAAUGACAAUAGAAAGAAUUCUAGAAUGGCUGCCUUAUGUAAUCACAGCAGUCAAGCGGUGCCUGUCCGUCCGAGGAAGCUGUCCCCACACACUGCAGUGUGAGCACUUAUGGAGGUGACUGGGGCCAAGCCUCCUUCAAGAUCAUGCUAUGGGGACAAACAGCUUUUAGGGUGCUUGCGAAGUCAGAGCGAAUACUGAGAGGGCGUUGUGGCAAGAUGGAUGUGGAGAAGGAUGGGUCUCGUCUGCAGCUCCUCCAGACACCCGAUCAAAGUCACCCAGGGAGAGCGCGCAUCCCAGAAGUCAUUGGAACUUGGAGUUUGAGAAACAGAGAAGAACUCAGGAAGAGAAAGGCUGAAGCCCAGGAGAAGCAGACGUCACAAUGGCUCCUUGGAGAACAGAAAAAACGCAGGUAUCAGAGAACAGGAAAAGGAAACCCAAGAGGCCAGAAGAGACGAGGAAGUGCAGAGGCAAAGGCAGAGCCUAGGUCACAGACAGGAAAGCGAAGGGUGCAGAAAGCAUUGGUGCCUGCAGGGGAAGAAGCCGAGCACCCUGUCAAUCCUGGGGCCGAAGCCCUCCCAUUGGUGGGCUUCCUCCCAAAAGCUGUGCCUGCAGAACAAUGUGCUGGAGCACAGCAAGAAAGCGUUCAGUGCCAGGACAUAGCAAUACAGAACCAUCCUCAAGCACACAGACAUAGGGCCAAACCUGAAGACCUCUCUCCUAACAUGUGCCAAGAAAUAGCUGUACUUCAACACUGUUCUAAAAUGUGCAGAGACACGGCUCAACCUGAGGUGCUUUCUCCUGAAAUGUGUCGGGAAACAGCUGUGUCUCUAAACCAUUCUUCCAAAGCACCCCAAGCUAUGGCGAGGCCCGAGGUGCUCUCUCCCGAAGCUGUGCUUCAAGAACAUACUUUAAAAAUGUGUGAAGAUGUGGCCAGACCUGAAGUCCUCGCUCCUAAAACACACCAAGAGAUGUGUGUUGUUCCCUGGCCAACACUUGGAGAUGCUGCUGGCCCAGAAGCAUGCUCUCCUGAAGCACUCCCCCAGUCAGAUGUGCCUGAAGGCUGUCCACUGGACACGUACCCCAAAUCAGCCACACCAGAGAAAAUUAUUUCCCAAGAAGAUCAGGGAAUGGCUGUGACUGAUGGCUGCUUUUCCAAAACACAAGAGUGCACUGUGUCUGAAGACAUUUCUACAAAAACACACCAAGAAGUAGUUGAACCUGAAUUCACGUCUCAUAAGACCCACAAGCUCACUGAGUCUACAGUCUCCUCUCAUAAAACAACUCAAGACUCACCUGGGCCUGGAGAACACUCACCUGAGAUAUACCAUCCAUCACCUGGGCCUAAAGACUGUCCACCUGAGACAUGUCAACCAUCACCUGGGCUUGAGAACCAUUCUCCUGAAUCCUGCCACGAAAUGCCUGGGCCUGGAGAACACUCACCUGAGACAUGUCAACCAUCACCUGGGCUUGAGAACCAUUCUCCUGAAUCCUGCCACGAAAUGCCUGGGCCUGGAGAACACUCACCUGAGACAUGUCAACCAUCACCUGGGCUUGAGAACCAUUCUCCUGAAUCCUGCCACGAAAUGCCUGGGCCUGGAGAACACUCACCUGAGACAUGUCAACCAUCACCAGAGCUUGAGAACCAUUCUCCUGAAUCCUGCCACGAAAUGCCUGGGCCUGGAGAACACUCACCUGAGACAUGUCAACCAUCACCUGGGCUUGAGAACCAUUCUCCUGAAUUCUGCCAUGAAAUGCCUGGGCCUGAAGACCUCUCGAUGAAGACCUAUGAGAACAGAGAUGGACCUAAAGACUGCCUUCCGGAACCAAGUCACGAAGCAGGUGGUUCCCAAGGACAGGACCCUGAUGCCUACCAGGACAGUGAGAGUGCUUGUUCUUUCUCUCAAGAACUGAAGGAAAAAGCCAAAGCAGAUCAAGAUCCAGAAACACCACCAAGUCCACAGGGUCCUCAGGAGAUCUGUCCAGAAGAUGACACCUAUAGCUAUGUUCUAUUUUAAAAAUACUCAGCGAUGAAGUUGCAGUCCACCCAAACCAGAAUACACAUCUUUGCUUGUAUGAUUUUAUGGAAACAUUGCAGCAAUUGCUACAAUUUGCAUUACUAUUUCAAUUCGUGUUUUUUUCCAUGUAGAUUUU